UGGUUCUCUCUCUCUCUCUCUCUCUCUCUCUCUCUCGUGGCAUCAUACGACUUGAUCGACGACUUGUCCGAGGUCGUUCUUCUGGCGUGUUUCACGUCCGGGCUCAUGUCUCGUUUGACCAGACCCCGUUCGAGAGGGGCGUCAGAGCGUCAGUCGUGCGGUAUUUCCAUGCAGAUUCUACCCCCUCGCCGCCGGCCACUUCGUAUUAAAAAAGCUCUGUCGCUCCCUUGUCUCCAUGGAUUCGAACCUCGAACGCAAAAGGCUCGAUUCUAAGCUCCGGUUCCGGGAGUUUUAGGCUUUUGCGAUGGGGAAGGUGUGGGUUCGGUGCUGCGACGGAGUCUCUGCAAUCGUCUCCGCCGUUUCUUAUGCCGUCUCCGUCUUCUUCUUAGCUAUAGUGGGAAGUACGUUGGGAGCAUUCGUGGGAGUUCUGAUCGGCGUGAAUAGCCGGAAGAACCUCUUCUACAGCAUGGUGUAUGGAGCAAUUGCAGGCGGCACGUUCUUGACUAAUGCCUUCAGAAUGUCAAUUUCUUUCUGGCUGUCUGAUGAUUGUUCGUCCAGCAACGUUCUUCAAUUGCAGACUGACUCGACAAGAGAAGUCGAUGCGGGAGAAUUCGUUCAACAGUUGUUGUAUAGUCUCAUCCUGUCGAGAUUAGAGUAGACUCUAGCACAUGUAGACAAUAUGACCAGCGAGAACAUGGUGGACGAUGCCAAAUUAUCGAAGAAUUCUUGUGACAGGAUUCCUAGGAUUAGAAUAGCAGAGGACCAUUUGAUGGAUUCGUCGGGAAAUAGAAACCCCCGAUCAAUAUGCCUUCAGGACUUCGAAUGUAAAGACCAGGCAAGGAGAUUGCCCAACUGCCGCCACUGGCUUCAUCUGCGUUGCAUCGAUAAGUGGAUUUCCCUCAUUUGGCAAUGAAGCUGAUGUGGGGUCCGAUUCGCCAUAGUUUAAGUGCAUUAACCAAAUUCUGCAUUCUUUCAUUGGAGUAGUUUAAACAGGCGACCCAUUCUUUCGUUUUUCUUGGUCUAUUGUUUCAUUGCAAAAGUCGGGUCAAUUCGCUAUGUGGGAGCAUUCAAAAUGCAAGGCCUGUAAACAUUUUAAACGGAAGGGUCAUAAAUUGUACUCCGAACCCACUCCCUUUACGUGUACCUGUAGUCUGGACAGACUAAUAUGUAUAUAGACUUGUCAGAGAUAUUCAUGGA